UUAGCUUGCUUACGCGCCGCGAAUUCGUGACACGAGCACGAGCGUGACGAACGCGGAGUGAGUGCGUACUGAAAAUAAACAGAGAGUAGUGGUGUGGUGACAAGAGCGCGGGUCGAACGAUGGCUUCGCCGAACAAGAAAGCCAAGGAAUUAGAGGAUCCAGGUUCGGGGGAGGGUGUUGAAUCACGCGAUUACGACAUUGAAAUACAAAAGACACUCGAAGAGAUUGACGGGUGUCAGAAUCAAAUCGAUGGCCUCAAUGAGAAGGCCAGCGAUGAAAUCCUCGAAGUCGAGAAGAAGUAUAAUAAGUUGCGUAAGCCCUAUUUCCAGAAACGGAAUGACAUUAUUAAGAGGAUACCCAAUUUUUGGGUCACUGCUUUUGUAAACAAUAAGGAAAUAGCAGAAAUAUUGGAAGAAGAUGAAGAAGAUGCGCUUCGAUUUUUAAAUAAAUUAGAAGUUGAAGAAUUUGAAGAUAUUAAAUCAGGUUAUAGAAUUAAUUUUCAUUUUGAUGAAAACCCAUAUUUUGAAAAUGAUGUCCUUACAAAGGAGUUUCAUCUAGGUUCUUCUGGAGAUCCAGCAUCUCAAAGUACACCCAUACGUUGGAAAGAAGGUGCAGAUUUAACAAAAAGAGCAAAAACCAAAGCCCCGUUAAAAGGUCGUAAAAGGCCAUUAAAACACAGGUCAUUUUUUGAUUGGUUUACGGAUCAUGGAGAUCCAAGUUCAGAUGAAAUAGCAGAGUUAAUUAAAGAUGAUAUGUGGCCUAAUCCAUUACAGUAUUAUUUGGCACCAGAUAUGGAUGUUGAAAAUGGCAUUGAAGGUGAUGGUGAAGAUUGCGAUACAGAAGAAGAGGAAGAAGAAGAAGAUGGUGGUGCGGACGAAGGUGAUGAAGCAGGUGAAGGUGAGGAAGGAGAUGAUAGCAUAGUUGUUGUCGAAGAUGAUGUAGAUGAAGAUGACGAGGAAGAAGAGGCUGUGAAUGAUGAAGAUGAUGGAGUAAACGAAGAGGAUGAUUUAUUGGUAGAUGAUGAAGUGGAUCGUGAAGAUGGCGAGGGAGAGGAACCAGAAUAGAAUAUAAAGUUGGUUUUCCACAAUAUUGGUUACAGUCAUAGACACUAAAAAAAGGAUCGCUGAAAAUACACAUCAGGUUGAUUGAAAAUAAAUAAAGUUUGUAGAACUGAAAAUAUUGAGCCAUAUGAAUAAACCUUGGGACAAUUUUGGGAAAAUAAAGUAGAAAACAGAAUUCAGUAGACCUAAUCUUUAUCGGCGUGAAGGAAAUUGUACGUACAAAAGUACAAUAUUUGUUUGAUUGUGCCGAAACAAAGAAAAAAUGGUCUGAGAUAAAUUAGAUAGGUUUCACACUGCACUUUGUUCUAAAACUAUACCGCAAUACAGAACGAAUUCCUUAGUUAUAUUCAUAUGGCCUAGUCAUUCUCUAUAGAGUAGGUGUACGAUGAAGAACACCUGCUCAUCUUCAUCGUGAUACAAUUACAUUAAGGAAAGAAUAAAUUAUAAGAUAUAAACGA